UAAAACAAAACAGCGGACCGGAUCGGAAUGGCACACUCAGUGAACCUAAGCCUAGCAUGGCUGCUUCUCACCUCCAUAGCGGCGCUACUUGCACCAACUCCGCCGUCAGUGGUGGCGGAAAUAACCUGUUCAACGGUGUUCAACGCGCUCAUACCAUGCUACAAGUAUGUGGUCGGUGGAGGACUGGACGUGCCAACGCCCUGCUGUGGCGGCCUGAAGAACCUGCUGAGCUGGGAUUAUGGCAGGGAGGAUGUGCAGAAGGCCUGUGCGUGCUUGAAAACCGUGUUUCACGGUGUGGGUGAGGAGCAAAUUAGCCGCGCCAUGGAUAUCCCAGGGAAGUGUGGUGUUAAUCUGGGUUUUCAGUUUGGAGGCGAUAUGAACUGCGACAAUAUCCAAUAAAAAUGCAUUCCCGCCUUCAGUGGAGCGGGGGGCGUAGGGUACUUGCGGUUAAGUAUUCAACCUCUCGGGUUUCCUUCUGUUUAUGUGUUGUGCUAUGCACACAAAGUGAUAUAUAAUAAAUAUACUAUAUAAUAAGGCUGAAUUUAUUCUUCCAAUACAUACUCUCUCAUUUGUGAAUUCUAUUUCUACAUCACCAUAUUUGUAAUUUCUUUGUUUUCUUUU